CUAUUUCGAACUCAAACAAAAGGCGGGUUGUUAUUGGUUCAUUCAAAAACAGCGGCAUUUGUAAAGAAAAUCGAUGAUAAUAAGACAAUAAGAGAGAUUCAAUUACAAUGGAGGACUACAUUAAGAUAGAGAAAAUUGGAGAGGGUACUUAUGGUGUAGUAUACAAAGGUAAAAACAAAAAGACGGGUAGAUUGGUGGCCUUGAAGAAAAUCAGAUUGGAAUCAGAAGAGGAGGGGGUACCUUCCACUGCUAUCAGAGAGAUCUCCCUACUAAAGGAGUUACAACAUCCUAACAUUGUGUGCUUAGAAGAUGUUCUAAUGCAGGAAAAUAAGCUCUACCUUGUGUUUGAAUUUUUAUCUAUGGAUCUGAAACGUUAUAUGGACACCAUUCCCAAUGGACAGUUUAUGGACAAAAUGCUUGUUAAGAGUUACUUGUACCAGAUCCUUCAGUCGAUCCUCUUCUGUCAUCAGAGGAGAGUCCUUCAUCGUGAUCUAAAACCCCAGAACUUACUGAUCGAUAACAAAGGGGUUAUUAAAUUAGCCGACUUUGGUUUGGCCAGAGCUUUUGGAAUUCCAGUCCGUGUUUACACUCAUGAGGUUGUGACCCUGUGGUACAGAGCCCCGGAGAUCCUCCUCGGCAGUCAGAGGUAUUCCACCCCAGUAGAUAUCUGGAGUGUGGGCUGUAUUUUUGCUGAAAUGAUGACAAAACGACCCCUAUUCCACGGGGAUUCAGAAAUCGAUCAACUUUUCAGGAUAUUCAGGACAUUGACCACACCAACAGAUGAUGUCUGGCCUGGAGUGACCUCAUUACCGGACUACAAACCCACCUUCCCUAACUGGAAAACUAAUCAGCUGGCUAGUGCUGUCCAGAGGUUAGACAAUACAGGACUCGAUAUUCUCCAGCAAAUGUUGAUUUAUGACCCAGCUAGUAGGAUAUCAGCAAAAAAAGCCCUGAAUCACGUAUACUUUGCCAACCUGGACAAGUCUGCCUUACCAGCUUCUACCAUCACCAACUGAUCAUCCUGACACGACACACAAACACACAGACAUCAGACUUUUAUUCCUCCAUCGUUAACUGGUUCAGGCAUAUGUACCUUAUUACAACACACAAAAUAAGCCAAACAAGACUUAGAACACCAAACUUACAUGUAUCAAUGUGUCAUCACUGUGCUUUCUGUAGUUUGUUAUAGCCCACCUUAAGAUAAAAUCUACUUAAGUCUCUGUAUAAAUUUGAUUAGAUACAGAUAAAUUAGUAUAUUUUGGGUUUUAAGAUAAUCUUUCAUUGCCUUUGUGCCUUUAAUACCAUGAAGUGAGUGAUUUCAUGGCAAGGACUUGAAUGGGUUUUCUGUUUUAAUUAAAACUGCACAAAAAGAUAUAAAGAAAUUACACUGUUAGAUAGAAUUUGCUUCAAGAACUUGUUUUUUUUCACACUUUUAUCUUCUGAUUUCAUGUGAACGUUUUCAAGAAUAGUGCUGUUUGAAACAAAUAUGAAUAUUUAUCUUUAAACUAUAAUGUUAUUAAAGUUUUGUAUCUGCACUGGUAGUGGAAUGCAUGGAAAACUAUUUGAGUAAACUUAUUUUCAAUGACAGACUGUUCAAACUCAGGUCAAAUGGAUCAUGCUGUGAUUGUUUGUAAUAAAGUAAGAAACAUGUCAAUGCAUACAUGAACAUUAGUUUCAGGAAAAUAUAGAAAAGCUAGAAGGGCCAUACCAAAUUCUCUUCCAAUUACCUGGAAUUUCUUUGUUUCUCAAAAUGUUUAAUGUGUGUAAUUGUACUUUUAGCAAAAUUUUACCUACUCACCCAAUUUUGUUUUUCCUGAUAAUCCAUAGAACCUUUUCAAUAAUUAAACUAGUGGCCUUAAAAUGUAGAGUUAUCUCCCUGUAAUACAUGUGUGGUGUAGUUUCUCUCUUUGUCUUCUUUCUGAUUUCUAACUUAUCAUCUGUAUAUAGUGUAAUAGGUUUUACUGAGAGAAAUUGUGUGUAUAAAGGCUCAUAAAUUGUACACCUGAGCAGAUAUCUGUAUUGUUAGGAGUACAGUUUAUUGUUCGUAUUUUCAUGAAUGUAGUUUAAACAGUGAAUGUACAAGCUUUGAUACAUGUAUCUGUUAUCACUUGGUUUUACAUACAUGUUUUUGAAGAGGGACCAAAGUUAUUUCUGAAAUGGACCAAAUACUUUUUAAGUUAAAACACAGGUCAAAUCAUUGUAAAUGAGACCAGAUAUUACUUUGUGUCAUUUCUAACUUGUGCUUUACAAUCGGUGGCACACAGAUUCAUAGACAUUACAAGAUUUUUGCUUAAGGUAUUCAAUGUAUAAUGAAGGGAUUUUAAACAAUUUUGAAUCAUUUUAAACUAGUUAAAAAUACAUUGCUAGAUAAUGAUGAAAGUGAAAUGAACCAAAUUCACAUGACUGAUAACUUAUAAGAAACUGGUCAUUUUGCACUUUAAAAGUUUUUGAAGAGUUAUCUGCCCUUGAUGCAAAGAAGAAAGUUUAAUUUCGUCAAAAUAUCUGCGGUAAUUGAUUAAUUUUAUUUCAUAUUUUAAUAAAGAGAGAGUGUAUGCAUAUUUUCACCAAGAGCUUUUUUUUAUGAAAUUCAAAUUACUUUUUUCAGUAUCUUAAUAACACAUGCAUUGUCCAUAGACUUCAAUGUAAAAUUCAAGGUGCAAUUAAUUUGACAAUAAUCAAAUUUUUGUAAUUUUCUUUGGUGAAGUAUUUUUUUAUUUCAUAACACCUUCAAAAUGAUACUGUAAUUACAAAUAUAGGACCGUUCAUUUAUUAGAUACAAAAUAUUAUGGUCUUUAUACAUUGAAUACCUGUAUACAUUUUACAGCGAGACAUUGUACAUGAUGUGAAUUUUAGUUUAUUUUGAUGUGCAGACAGAGAAAUGAUGUAUGACUAUACUUUUGAAAAUAUUUACUCUUUAUAUAAUUACACAUGUACCGCAAUAAUUUGCAAAAAAGGAAACUAUCAAAUGCAAAGUCAUCAGGAAUUGAUUCAAUAGUGCUGUAGGCUACCUUAUACACACAUCACCCACCAUAUUGUGUUCACUGUUAAAUGUUGUCUUCACUUUACGUAUGUAUGUGAUCUGUGAAUGUGUACAUAAAUCUAUUACAGGAUGUAAGAAAUGAGUCAUAAUGUUUUCCAUUAAGCUAAUAUUUUAUAAAAUUGAAAUAAAAAAAAGCAAAAUAUUA